AAAUGUUUAAUCAGCACGCGCUUAUCUUUUGUUUUGUUUGUUUUUAUCGUCUGCAAUUUCAAACUUUCAGUUCCUAGUGAUUUGUGAUGUGAGUUGAUAAUCAUUCAAAAUGUCGUGAAUUAGUGUAAAUGAUGAAUUCUUCAUACCUAAUGAGAUCAUUUAGAUACACCUUUUGAUUCGCCCCGGUUUUUACAGAAUUCCACCAGAAUUCAAAAUGAUGAAACAAUUUUUGCGAGUCAAACAAAUUGCUGACCAGAAGUUUCAGCGUGAGAAGAGUGGGAGUGUUCUGUCUGAGGAACUGAAUGCGGCUGAAAAGCGUGUCGAUCUCAUCAAGGAAAGUUGCUACGCCACUGGAAAGAAACUGUCGGCAUGCAUCAACAGGUUGGCCGAAACCACCGACAAGCGAAGCAAUGCUGUGAAGAAAACUCCAGAAGCUGCUCUGGCUCAAUGCAUGGAAGAAUGGGGACUGUCUCUCGGAGAAAGUUCCAUUCUUGGAUUAACGUUGGUUGAUUAUGCUCACAUUCAAGAUACUCUGGCAAAUGACCUUAUGACCUAUACCCUUCAAGUGAAGGAAGAAGUUGUCGGACCCCUUCAAAACAUACUAAAUACUGAUGUUUCCAAUAUUCUGAAGUAUCGAAAGCAGCUAUCAAAACUAACGUCUGAAAUGGAAUCUGCCAAGACAAGGUAUCAGAAUGCAUGGAGAAGUAGUCAGCAAGCAACUAAUGCCAAUGUCGCCAAUGCUCUAACCAAAGCUCAACUUUUGAAAGAAGAAGCAGAAGAUAUAGUCAAUAGAGUAGACCAGUGUCGAGAUUCUUUGACUUCCGAGAUGUAUAACCUCAUCAGCAGAGAGCCUGAAAUGUCUCAACUGUUUGUUAAGCUGUGCCAGUCGCAGUUGGAUUAUCACCGGAAGGCUUUCUACAUGCUGGAAUCUGCAUUGCCUGAAAUGGAAGCUCAAAUCAAGAGCUGGCCUUACCAACCAGUAUUUGGUGUAUCCCUGGAGGAUCACCUCCGAGUGACGAAGAGGGAGAUUGCUGUUGUCAUUGAAACAAGUGUCUGUUGGCUUCUGGAAUCAGCUAUGGAGGAAGAGGGACUCUUUAGAAUCGGUGGAAGCAUGAUUAAAAUUAAAAAAAUAAAAAGUGCUUUUGAUUCGAGUUUUCAACAUUUAAUUGAAGAUGAACGAGACCCUCAUAAUGUUGCUGGCGUUCUGAAGUUAUAUCUAAGAUCACUUCCUGAACCUCUUCUCACUUAUGAGCUCUACGAUCAGUGGAUGGAGGCUGCCGUGGAUCCUGACCAUGAUUCAAGGCUCAAAGCUUUGUGGAAUGUUGUGAAUUCAUUACCUGAUACUCAUCUCAACAAUCUCAGAUACCUCAUUAAGUUUUUGGCAAAGCUCUGCCAAAAUUCAAAUGUGAAUAAAAUGUCUAUUCAGAAUAUUGCAAUUGUGAUUGGUCCCAACCUGCUCUGGCCUCCCACAAAUGAUAAUGUCUUAGGCAUGAACAUGGCUGCUACUAAUUUACACAGUUCCAUCGUCGACACCCUCAUAACUUAUGCUGAUUGGUUCUUCCCUGGAGAAUGUGAGUUCUAUUUGAGCACGCCGACCACCCCUCGACACAUCGAUGGAUUCCCCCCUGUCAACUCCAUAAGUUUUUCAGCUUUGAACGGAAAUGAUUCUGCUCUCGAUUCCAUGUCCAGUAGCCCUACUAACAGUAGCCCAAAGUCGCCUAGUCCAAGAGUUCCUAUUAGGCCAAAGAAAAAAGCUGCCCCCAAAGCUCCUCAAUCCAUCAGCCGCUCUCUAUCUUGCAGUGGCUUUUCAUCACAGUCUAACAUUGCCUCUUCAAAUAACAGAAUCUCUAGUCUCAGUGUGUCCCACGAAAAUCUUCUCGGAACACUCCCAAACGAUUCCGUUUUCAACGAUCCAGUGAAAGAUCCUAAGAGCAACCUAAAUCCUGAGCUCAGGCAAAAGACUAAACCUCCUAGACAGACUCACUCUGUGCGGCAGAGUCUUCCACCCGUCGUGGAACGAUCUCGAAAGCCCGUCGGCCGACCUUCAGUUCCACCCCCAGAGCGUCCCGAUUCUUUUCCCAAAUCAGAUUCUGUAAGUUCGGAAGACAUGCAGCGACCUUACAGUCUUUCGGGGGGCUCCAUGGAUAUGCCAAAUUUUUAUGAAAAGUCUGUCAGCAACGAAGACAUAUCAAACAAAUCUGGAUCCUUUAGUUCUGCUGAUUUGAUGAUACAAAACAAAUCCGGAUCCUUGAGUUCUGCUGAUUUGAUGAUACAAAACAAAUCCGGAUUCUUGAGUUCUGCUGAUUUGAUGAUACAAAACAAAUCUGGAUCCCUGAGUUCUGCUGAUUUGAUGAUUCAAAACAAAUCUGGAUCCUUGAGUUCUGCUGAUUUGAGAAUCGAUUCCCCCAUAGAGCUUGAAGAUAUCAGCUUGUCUUUUGACAGCUCUGGUAGUGACAGCUACAACGAGUGCCAAAUGUACUUUGAGACGAACCACCGUACCAACAGUGCCCCGACAGAUGUUGCCACUUCUGACUACUUAGUGGAUUCCAGCAAAACCAGACAACCUUCUAAUUCUGUUCAUUUUGAUCAGCUGAUCUCUGAUAGUUCUAAGGAUUACCAGGAUGAUAAUCUGAAGAAUUCUACGGAUUAUCAGGAUGAUAAUGUGACAAGUUCUAAGGAUUAUCAGGAUGAUAAUCUGAAAGAUUGCCACUUCACGGGUGGCACUCCUACGUGGUUCGAACACUAUGGGGAUGACAAACAUCAGUCCAAUCUUAUAUGGUUCGCUGAUUCGGAAGCGGGAAAAGUUUCCCAGGUGGAAGAGUUCCGCACUGUCGUCGAGGUGGAAAGUUCCAAACUGACAUUUAGAAAUAAGCCCCCCAACCAUGCUCUCAAACUGCGGGUAAACAGUGAAUGUCACGAUACGAGACUGUGAAAUAGUGUUUGGAAGAUUAUCAGUUGUUGAUUUGAUUCUCCUACCUGAAAUUUGUAUGCUGUGCAUAGUCAAAUGAUCUUUUGCUGUGUAAUGCUUAUUUAUUCUAACAUGGCAUAUUUUGAUGUAUUGUUUGAAUCUGUUAUGAGUGGGUGCAUAAAAAUAAGGCGAUCUUCUAAGGACUGUUGAAGUUAUGUUGCUAUUUCAAAGUAUCUAAAAAAGUUUUAAAAUAUUUAUCUUUAAAUUAUGUCUUGAAAUUUAAAUGAAUGAAUUAUGUUAUGAAAUUUAAAUUGAUUAAUAGCAAAGAAAUUUCAAAAACUUCUUAAUAUCAUUUAACAAAAACUUGUUACUUUGCAUUCAAAAAACACUUUUUUAGUUUUACUACUCUAUACUGUUUCCUUAUUUUUAAAAAGUUAUGUAAUGAUUGAAGAAAAUUUGUCUAUCAGUUUCUGAUUUUAAAUUCAGUAGUUUAUUAAUGGGACACUGAUAAUUCAGCUUUUCUGUUACGAGAAGAACAGAAACAUGAAGAGAAAUAUUUAAUAAAUUUGUUCCCCAUCUCUUUUAUAGUUUCUACUAUAAUAUGUCAUCAUACCUUCUAGUCUCUGUUUCUGUUAUGGUGAUUUCAUUUUUGUGAUACAUUCACUUCAGUUGGUUACUGCAGAUAGUAUUUCUUAUUUUAUUUGUUUGUGGUUAUUUUGAUAACUCAUAAUCCAUUCAUAAUAACCAAUAUAGUUAUGUUUGUGGCACAUAUAGUAUGUUUAAAGAACAGCAAUACUUGUUAUACUCAUAUUUCAUGUUUUUUGUAACAACUAUGAAAACCGAUGAUUUUUAUUUGUAAGUUUAUUGUCUUUUUUAUCGCAUGGUACACUUUCUAUGAUAUUAAUAGUUUAAAACUUCUAAUUUUCUAGAUUGGUUUUGCUUACUAUAAUAAUUAAUUUAAAUUUUCUUUUCUAUUUUUUACUAAAUAUGUUCUACUAGAUAGUUUAAAUAUUAAUGAUAGAGUUUGAAAGUUUUUAUAAAGUAAGCAAGUGCCUUUUAAUUGCUAUGUUUAUAAAAUUCGUAUGAUUUAUUUUUAAGCACUGAGAUUUUCACGAUUUUUUAUACACAUUUUACAUUUUUAUUACUGUAUUGGUCAGAAAAAUCUAAUGUACAAUAAUAAAAAGUAAAAAUUUUUACAGAGUUGCAUAUUUUAACUUAAAAAUACCCUAUUAUAAUAAUAUGGGCUUAUAAGUUGUUACAUGUUUAUAACUUUAUUUUCACGCUCCUUGCAGCAUAACCAGAAAGGUUUUGUACAAAAAAAAAAUUUUGUAUACAUAGUAUUACACCAUUAAUAUAGAUUCCUUGUUAAAAAUGAGGUACUAAAAGUAGAUACAGUAGGUGUCGGACAUUAAUAUCUAAGUCAGGAAGAAGAAAAAAAAGAAAACCACUAUCGAAAUCUAACAAAUUAGAUUGUAAUUGUUGUUGUUUCUAAUGCGACUUGCCAAUAACAGCAAGCCUGCUUUGGUGAAAAAAGGCAAUGAAUGAUCUAAUAAAUGAUUGUUAUGUUUUAAUAAGUAAAAUAUGUUAUAAUAUAUUUCAUUUAAUUAAAUUAAUAAAAAUAUCAUUUACAAUAGUUUCAUAUUCAUAGUUCAUGAAUAUUCACUGAGUAAUCUCGUUGUAGUAAAGUGUUUACAAAUGUGAGAGAUGAUGGUCCUUUCUUAACAUGCUUUUUGAACCAUUUCAAUACUUUAUACAAAUAUUUAUAAGCUUUAAUUUUUAUUCCUUUGAGAAGAAUUUGAAGAAUUGGAGUCGAAUAUUUUAACUAUUGACUCUACAGCUCAUCUUACAAUGUCACUGUAUUAUAGAAGAGCUUAAAAUAAAAUUUUUAGCGUACAUUUGCGCCUUUAUCAGUAUUUUAAUAAGAGCAAAGUACUUCUAAAAUCUGUGAUUUACCUAAAGCAUUUUGUGUUCUUUUUCUAACUAGGGUAUAGAUUUUUUUUUGUAUCUCAAUUUUGCAUUCUUCUUAGAUAUUUAACCAAAUAGUAAAAAAAAAAAUAUAAAAAUGUAUAGUUUUGUAUCUUAACAAUUAGGGAUAGAUGUGUGACAUAUCAACAUGCAAAAUGAUUUAUUUUUCUUAAAGAACUUAAAUAUUUCUUCCGCAGUAUUGAAUUUUGAAGAGCUAGUCCAUGCAAUUAAAACCGUUUCCAUCUGUCUGUAUACUUUUUGAUAAAUUUGAAAUUAUAUAUUACUGUUACUAAUAAUUGUGUGUUGGAUUUGUAAAUAAAAGAAUUAUUUAUCUAAUAA